GGCGGGUGGGCGGAGGGAGAGUGGGGGAGCUGGGGGGCCGAGCGGCAGCGGCAGCGGCCGAGGAGGAGGAGGGGCGGGAGGGAGCCAGGGGGCUGGUAAGGCUAGACCUGCCAGCAGUCGCCUCAAUGCGAGUAAGCAGCCGGGGACUGGGGGUGGUGGUGGCAGGGGCCGGGGCGGCGGCAGUGUCAGCUACUACGCAGCUCCCGGGGUGCGGGGGCUGCCGCUGAGUGGGAGUCGCAGCAGCGGCAGCAGCGGCAGUGUGGGGGGCGGUGGAGGCGGCGGCGGCGGUGGAGGAGGCGGGAGCAGCAACACGGCAGGCGGCGGUGCGAGCAGCGGACCCAAGAGGAGCUUCUCCGCCCACCGCCCGCCGUCCAUGUCUCUGGACCCCGCCCCCGCCUCCGCCCGUCGCUCCCUGCCCUCGCCCUCCACCUCCUCCACCGCGGGCUCCUCCUCCGGUCCCUCCUCCAACCUCGGCGGCCUCCGUAGCCGCCCCUCCUCCUCCGCCUCCCCCUCCGCCCCCACCUCCGCCACCGCCCCCACCUCGCUAUCCGCGGCAUUCCGAGCCAGCGUGCCCUCACUCCUUGUGGGUGGAGCAGCAGGAGGAGGAGGAGGAGGAACAGGAGCAGGAGGCGCCUCCGCUGCCUCGGCCAGCCCUGCUGCUGCAUCCGGAAUGCAGCCCCCGGGCAACAGCGCUCAUGCAGCAGCAGCAGGUGCGGGUGCAGCAGCAGGCGGUGCCCCGCUGUCUCCCCGCGGAGGAGGUGGUCUUGGUAUUGGCGGAGGUGGUGGUGUGUCGGACCGGCUGCGUCCCUCCUCCGCCGGGGGUGUGGGGCUGCGCGCCUUCACAGAUGCGAGUGCGGACCGCUUCAAACCGCCCGCCGUGUUCAGCUCGGAUGACCUGCCCAUAUGAUAUGAUGGCGGGGGGGGUGGGGGGGUUGUGACAGGCUGGUGGUCGGUCUGGUCGUAUGUAAGAAUACUGGCCGCGAGUAGUAACGUGUGGGGGUGGGGUGGGCUUUACUGUGUACCGGUGUACCAAUGUUAAUCUUGUUGUUACCAAACCCGGUCAUCAAAGGACAGGAAGUUCAGUGGGUUGGAUGAUGGGAGCGAUUACCAGUAUGUGUAUACGAGUUGAUGGGGAUGAUGUCGUGUUGUCGAAUGUUGUGAUGCUACUGUUACUGGAUGCUGGUAGGUGGCGGGGAUGCGGCAGCACACUGCGCUCUCAAGCACCACCAGCAGCAGCAGCAGAGCUGACAAUGACGCUGUGCAUGUGAUCUGGUUGUCACCUGCGAGUGGCGAGUGCUGAUGGCGGGGUGGGGGGGGUCAAAGACCAUACCAAACCAUAGGAGACCACAAGUUAGGGCAAAGCGAUGGCGGGGGGGGGGGGGGUAGCCGUCGGCGCGCUGACUUGGGGUUACUGACCGCUUGGACUCGUUGUUUCAUGAUCUGUCAUCUUACAUGUUACCUGACACAGAUGCCGUCCUUGCCGCCACCGGCACUGGUACGGCCCAUACCGUAUGGGUGGAGUGAUGACAGCGGGUGUAGCAUUGCCCGGCUCCCGGCUUGCGAGUGGGGGUUGGGUGGCAGCAUCUGUCUGUGUGUCUAGGUGUGUUGACAGGGGCAGCAUGUGUGCGUUCAUUCACAAUCACACAACAGGUGCGAGCUGACAGAUGCUUGAGACAGACCCAUGGGUCAGACAGUGACCACAUCCGGGUAUAUAUCCGCAUAUAUGGGGAGUAGGUAGGAGGACAUGCGGGUGGAGACUUCAUCACAUACACACAUACUGUUGGCCAGUUAUUUUAACACACAUACUGUUGGCUGUUGGAACGUACUAGCCCUGCGAUACACCUGGUUUGUGGUGUUAACGAAGUGUUUCGCAGAACGAGGUUUAUUGGAAUGUACCGGUGCUUGUGCAUAUGCUACGGACAGGAAUCGUUGCGUCUGUAAUAAGCGAGGACGUUGGUUGAAAUUUGCGGACACUUC